UUUUCUUUGUUUCUUUAGGCUUUUGUUUUAGGUAACCCAGAUUUGUCUAUUUAUUAUUUUCCUGGUUUCUGUUCGCCUCGAUUUAUAGCUAAACCUCAGGUUACCUUGUCAAGCAUUUCAAAUCUCAAGAAAUCGCUUUUAUCAGCAUUCUUUUUCUGUAUCUAAUCUUAUAAUGGCAGCUUUUGAAGGCCUAAUAAUCUCCCCAACUGCUCCUGCUUCUGCUUCUACUUCUGCUGAAUCAAAACCCUCACACCUGCCCUAUAACGUCUUUAUAAAUCAUUGUGGAAAAGAUACUAAAGACACGGUCGCCAAGAGUAUCUACGAGAAGUUAGAUGCUACUGGGCUCAGAGUGUUUUUGGACAAAGAUGAGCUUCAACUCGGAGAUUUUUUCCCUCAAACUUUAGAAGAAGCAAUGGCUAGUGCUUCACAUCACAUAGCCAUUUUUUCUGAGAAUUAUGCACACUCUCCUUGGUGUUUGGCUGAGCUGGCAUUUAUAAUGAAACAACCCAACAUCAAAUUUAUCCCCAUUUUCUACCAUGUUGAGCCGGCUACUCUGAGAUGGGCGGUUGAAAGAAAAGGAAAUUAUGCAGAUGCCAUCUACAAGCUUGAAAAGAAGAGAAAGAGGGAUAGAAAGGAGACAAGAUACAGCUCAGAAAAGGUUGAAAGCUGGAGGUUGGCACUCCAUAAAGCUUCCUUCUACAUCGGCGAGAUAAUUAAUGAUCAAAGUGAGGAGGAGGCGAAGGUGAUGAAUGUGGUGAAUCGUGUAUUGAAAGAACUGAAGAAGGAUCUGUUACAUGUUGCCAAGCAUGCCGUCGGGUUGGAUGAAUUGGAACAAGAUUUUCAUGACAAAAUUGCUCUUCAAUCUUCUGCUUCUGGGCCAGUACAAAUUGUGGGGAUAUGGGGAAUGGGUGGUGCGGGCAAAACCACCCUUGCAAAGCAAAUCUAUAACAAGAAAAGCUUGACCAUUAAGAACUCAAGUUUUCUUUUCGAUAUUCGUGAAGCUGCAAGGAAAGAGCGAUUGCAUGAGAAGCAAAAAAUGCUUUUGAAGGAACUUGACCCAAAAGGCAAAGAUUUUGAUUUUGACAAUGUAGACAAAGGCAAAGAGAUUCUGAAAAGCCGUUUGAAAUCUGCUACUGUGCUUAUCGUUCUAGAUGAUGUGGAUCAUAUACACCAAUUAGAUGCUCUUCUGCCAGCGAGGGAGAGCCUUGGCAAGGAAAGUCUGAUUAUUGUUACCACACUAGAGUUGACUGUUCUGAAAGGGUGGGGCAUCGCUGCUAUAUAUAAAAUCAAAACACUCAAUCCCGCUCAUGCCCAGCAGCUUUUUUGUUGGCAUGCAUUCGGACAACCCUCUCCUUUGUUGGGAUUCGAGGAAUUUGCCGAGAAGUUCAUAGAUGCUUGCCGUUGUCUGCCUUUAUCACUCGUGGUCUUAGGGAGUCAGCUCUAUGGGGAGUCUAGCAAGAAUUAUUGGCAGUCUCAAUUAAACAAAUUGUCCAGACUAUUGCCAGACGACAUCACAUCGAGACUCAAAGUAAGCUAUGAUACUCUAGAUAAAGAAGAAAAAGAUAUGUUUUUGGAUGUAGCGUGUUUCUUCAUUGGAUGGGCAAGCAGUACGGCCAUUGCAGUGUGGGACGGAUCACACUGGGAUGGUUUGCACGGUUUGCAAAGGCUUGUGAACAAGUGUCUUGUUGAACUAGAGGACAACGGCAACAUAAAAUUCAUUAGAAUGCAUGAACAUUUGAGAGAUUUGGGAAGGGAGAUCGCAAAUGAACAGUCACCCUAUCGUCUUUGGUCUAAAGAGCAGAUUAUCGAGAUUCAGCCUCAACAGGAAGCAAUACGAAUCCGAGGAAUGGCAGACGCAUUUGGUGACAAUUGUUAUCCCCGGGAAGGAAAGAUCAUAAUACACACAAGCCAAGGAGAGCGUAUCCUCGCGCCCGGCUCGCUUGGGUUGAAGAUUUUUAUUGGCAAUGGAGAUUUCAUUAAUGAGCAAUGUAGCGAAGUAUCAAGAGAACUGGUGUGCCUUAGCUAUGAUAGAUUUGAGCACAAAAAUCUUCCAUCGUGGCUUUUUUUAAAAGAAUUAAGAAUUUUAGCACUUAAUGAAGCUCCAAUAUUAGAAGAUCUAUGGGAACGUGAUGUGGAUCAGGCUCCUUUGCAAUUAAGAGAGUUGUUAAUUGGUGAAGGCUACGGAUUGAAAAAGGUACAAGGUUUAGAGAGCCUAAGAUCAUUGGAGAAACUCAUAAUACUUGGCUGUACAGAAUUGAACGCCCUUCCAAGUCUGGCAGAGGUAACUUCUCUAAAGAAGUUUGAGUUGAGGCACUGCAACAAAUUGGAGAAGAUAGAAAGUUUAGGAAGCCUCAGAUCAUUGGAGACACUCAUAAUACUUGACUGUACAGAAUUGAACGCCCUUCCAAGUCUGGCAGAGGCAACUUCUCUAAAGAAGUUUUAUUUGAGGUGCUGCAACAAAUUGGAGAAGAUAGAAAGUUUAGAAAGCCUAAGAUCAUUGGAGACACUCACAAUAUAUGACUGUAUAGAAUUGAACGCCCUUCCAAGUCUGGCAGAGGCAACUUCUCUAAAGGAGUUUGAUUUGAGGCGCUGCAACAAAUUGGAGAAGAUAGAAAGUUUAGAAAGCCUGAGAUCAUUGGAGACACUCAGAAUAUAUGACUGUAUAGAAUUGAACGCCCUUCCAAGUUUGGCAGAGGCAACUUCUCUAAAGGAGUUUGAUUUGAGGGGCUGCAACAAAUUGGAGAAGAUAGAAAGUUUAGAAAGCCUGAGAUCAUUGGAGACACUCAGAAUAUAUGACUGUAUAGAAUUGAACACCCUUCCAAGUCUGACAGAGGCAACUUCUCUAAAGGAGUUUGAUUUGAGAGACUGCAACAAAUUGGAGAAGAUAGAAAGUUUAGAAAGCCUGAGAUCAUUGGAGACACUCAGAAUAUAUGACUGUAUAGAAUUGAACGCCCUUCCAAGUCUGGCAGAGGCAACUUCUCUAAAGGAGUUUGAUUUGAGGCGCUGCAACAAAUUGGAGAAGAUAGAAAGUUUAGAAAGCCUGAGAUCAUUGGAGACACUCAGAAUAUAUGACUGUAUAGAAUUGAACGCCCUUCCAAGUCUGGCAGAGGCAACUUCUCUAAAGGAGUUUGAUUUGAGGGGCUGCAACAAAUUGGAGAAGAUAGAAAGUUUAGAAAGCCUGAGAUCAUUGGAGACACUCAGAAUAUAUGACUGUAUAGAAUUGAACACCCUUCCAAGUUUGACAGAGGCAACUUCUCUAAAGGAGUUUGAUUUGAGAGACUGCAACAAAUUGGAGAAGAUAGAGAGUUUAGAAAGCCUGAGAUCAUUGGAGACACUCACAAUAUAUGACUGUACAGAAUUGAACUCCCUUCCAAGUCUGGCAGAGGCAACUUCUCUAAAGAAGUUUUAUUUGAGACGCUGCAACAAAUUGGAGAAGAUAGAAAGUUUAGAAAGCCUGAGAUCAUUGCAGACACUCAUAAUACAGGACUGUACAGAAUUGAACGCCCUUCCAAGUCUUACAGAAUUAAUUUCCCUAAGAAAAUUUGAAGUGGUAAGUUGCCUCAAAUUGGAAAAAAUUCAAGGUUUAGAAAGUCUGAAAUCAUUAGAGACGCUCAAUAUAUGGGGUUGUCCCCUCAUUGAACACCUUCCAAGUCUUGCAAAAUUAACAUCUCGAGAUUGAAGAAAUGCCACAAAUUGGAGUAGAUAGAAUGGUUUACAACGUUUGACAUAACUGAAGAAUUUGCAAGUACAUGCCCGAUCGAAUGCGCCGUGUAUGAUCUGCUUGGAUGAUGGUGAGAGAUUGAAUUCGCUUCCAAAUCAGUUGCUGAACAUUCUACAGUAACAUACAGAAAUGGCCGAGGGAAGUGAUAAUAUGCACGAGGGCAGUGAUUGAUGUGGGCAAAGAGCGGAGCAUUCUAGAGCCUUUCUGUCAGCUUUAUAGGGCCCCAAAAUAUCGAUCAGCACAAAGAUUUCAACUAAACAUUCAGUAGAAUAUAGUGUUUCAGAAUCAUGAAGAUUUCCUCCCCGAUUUCAGAUCAUAGUGUUUCUCGGUAGCUUCUCAGCACUGAUGGAUGUUUGGUCUCUCACGUGGAUAAUAUAAGGGGAACUAAAGGGUAAGCAAUUACAUUGCGUGUUCAAUUGGACGGUAAACACGGGAGCUUGGUCAACUUACAAUCCCCUAUUCAAGCAAAAGUAUCUGCUCAAAUGUUGGAUGAUUUUAAGUGCAAGUUUCUAUCUUUGCAAAUGAGGACAUGUGGAAAUCAAUCUGGCAAUCCUUGCCAUAUCUGGAAAUGAAUAGGAAAGAAAUGGUUUAAGGCAAAUUCUGUGUUUAUGGCAAAGACUUGGGAUUGGUGAUAUGAAGCCUUCAAUAUAUAUGGGAGGAAGGGAGAGGAAUUUGUAUUGGUAACAGUGGAAGACAUAUUGAGGAGUACCAUCAGAGAAUGCUUGUGGAAUACCUCUUCAGUUAUCUUUAUUAUGCUCAGUUUCUAUAGAAGGUUAAUUUUCCAAGUAUUAUUUAUUCUAUUUUUUAUUAUUUAUUUAUUUGUUGAAAAUGGGAAGUUGCUGUGGGGUGAAUUUUUCAUGUGCAUGUGCAUGUGGAUGUGGUUUGUAUUUGUAAACUCUAUAAAUACGAGUGUUAAGAUUGGAGUUGUAUGAUUAUUUACACAUACUAUUAUUUUGUUAGGUUUAUUCCAGAAUUCAACACUUGUGUAUUCUUGGGAAAACUUGCUUUGCAAGUGUAUGUAAUCGGAUUGUUUACUAUAAUACAUUGAACGGAUUUUUGGGGUGGGGUUUUUUUUCCCGAAAGGGUUUUCCCCACGUACAUCUUGUGUUGUGAGUAUUUAUCUCGAUGAUUUUUUUUAUAUUU